UCACACGCGGACCGCUGACGUCACACCGUCCGUUGAACGCGAGACGCUGUGGUGGAAGUAACGGACGGCGAACGGCCGAGGUUCGCGCUCAUUCUUUUCCCUCACACGGUGACCGUUAUGAAGACGCUAGAAGCGAAAGAGGCGCGCGAAUGCGCCGCAAAUAUGGAGAGCGUCUCCGGCGCGAGCAAACGCCGGCGGCACUGCCUCCGCACCGCCGUGAACGGAGCUCCGUUUGUGCUCUCCGCCGUGUCUGUCGCCUUUUGCGUCCUUCUGGGCGUCCAGACCAACGACGUGAAAAACAGAAUGACGGAUUUGGAGAGCGCGCGCCUGUCCUACCCGUUGGCUGCGUUGUCAACGGAGCAGCUCAAUUCAGUAAUACGGGAGAGAGUGGACGAGCUGCUGGCACAGCGCGCCUACGAACAGUUUUCCAGGAUAAGGACUGCCCGUCAGGCUUCACCUGAGUGCGACUGCCCACCAGGCCCACCGGGGAAGCGAGGAAGAAGAGGGCGCAACGGAGAUCCUGGACCCCCUGGUCCACCUGGUCCAAAAGGUGAUAAGGGUGAUCAAGGCGACCAGGGGCCGCGGAUGGUCUUCCCUAAGAUCAAUCAUGGCUUUCUUUCUGCUGAUCAGCAGCUCAUUAAGCGCCGGCUCAUUAAGGGUGAUCAGGGUCAAGCAGGUCCCCCAGGACCUCCUGGACCUCCAGGCCCCCCUGGCCCUAGGGGACCCCCAGGGGACACAGGGAAGGAUGGCCCCAGAGGAGCGCCAGGGCAACCAGGUGACCCUGGAACUCCAGGACUGCUCGGCUCUAUGGGACCUGAGGGCCCUCCAGGACCCAAGGGUUCCAUUGGGCUGCCUGGCAUUCCAGGUAUUGAUGGAUUAAAGGGGGAGGUGGGUAUGCCAGGAUUAGAUGGAAAACCUGGUGCCAAGGGUGAAAAAGGAGAGCAGGGUGAAAAGGGUGACAUGGGAGAAGAAGGCCAGAAAGGUGACAUCGGUGAGAAGGGUGAUGCAGGGUCUUCUGCUGCUGGGAUUAAGGGUGAACCAGGCGAGCCAGGGCGAAGUGGGCAAAAGGGAGAGCCAGGACUUCCAGGGCUGCCUGGACUUCCCGGAAUAAAGGGUGAACCUGGUUUCCUCGGGCCUCAGGGUGAGCCAGGCCUACCAGGACUGCCAGGAACAAAGGGAGAGCGUGGUGAGUCUGGGCCAGCAGGAAAAGGUGAACGUGGAGAGAUCGGACCGGCUGGGCAGAAGGGAGCACAGGGGGAACCUGGAACACCAGGCCUCAAAGGAUCCAAGGGGGAUACUGGAGACAAAGGGGAUGCUGGCCUCAUGGGGCCAAGAGGUCCACCGGGAGAGAAAGGUGACCAGGGCACAACUGAAAUUAUUGACUACAAUGGAAACAUACAGGAAGCACUUCAGAAGAUAACCACUAUUACAGUGACGGGUCCCCCUGGGCCUCCUGGACCAGUUGGACCACAAGGCAUCAAGGGUGAUCAAGGUCCUCCAGGUCUUCCAGGCCUUGAUGGAGAGAGGGGUUACAAAGGUUCAAAAGGAGACAUGGGCAUGCCUGGAAUAGCUGGUGAUAAAGGAGCAGUAGGAUUGCCUGGGCUACCAGGUGUUAAUGGUAUGAAAGGAGAAAAAGGUGAUUCUGGUAUGCCUGGACCUCAAGGACCAUCUAUUAUAGGCCCACCUGGAGCACCUGGGCCACAUGGCCCACCUGGUCCAAUGGGCCCACAUGGAUUCCCUGGACCAAAGGGGGAGCCAGGUUUACAUGGUCUGAAAGGCGCACGGGGGGAGCCGGGCCACAAGGGUGACCGAGGACCCAUGGGUCUCCCUGGAGCGUCUGGCUUGGACGGCAAGCCGGGAUUAAGGGGUAUGGAUGGCCCAAUUGGUGCCCCUGGCCCUGCUGGUCCUAAAGGAGACAGAGGUGAGAAAGGCGCUACAGGUGAGCCUGGGCCAAGAGGACCGUAUGGACUACCGGGUGCUGCUGGGACACCUGGGCUGGAUGGGUUACCAGGCUUAAGGGGAGAGAAAGGCGACGUGGGGGAAAGAGGAGAAAAGGGUUUCCGGGGCUUUAAGGGUGAAAAGGGCGAGCCAGGCCAGCCUGGUCUGGAUGGGUUGGAUGCCCCGUGCCAAUUGGGUCCAGAUGGACUACCAAUGCCUGGCUGCUGGCAAAAGGGAGUCACACCUUGGUUGGUGGCCUGAGAAGUGAUUUAUCUCGAAGUAGAAAAAGCAAUUGUUGGUUUGCUUUAUUGUAAGGAGGUCAGUUUCUGACCUGGCCUUUGCAGCGCCUCUGUACUUCACUUGGGUGACUCAACUGGUGAAUGACCACCAGUGGACUUUGAUCAUAGAGUGAGCAGAAAAAAGGGGCAGCUGCUGCACUGGUCUUCAGUACAAUCAUGACUAAAGUGGACAGAUCGGCCCAAAUGCACUUGCUUGGACCUCACGGUUCCUUGGAGUGGGUGUGACAAGUGGGAAGAGUUUUCUACAACCAUCGGAAAUGCUACAGGCUGUAGCAAGAGGCUACUGAUCUACUGAGAACAACAGGAUUACAUUUCUUUAAACUUUUUUUUUAACUUUUGUUGAUGAUUUGAUUUAUUUUACUAUAGCCUUUGGUGCCUCAAGCCUCUUAUUAUUCAUUCCCUUACUGUAAAACUUUACAUUUUGUGCUUUGACUUGUGGAAAUGUUUCAUAAUGGAGUACAAAACUGCAACGACUGUAAUGCAUACUGUUCAUACUGCAAGAGCAGUUGAGGGCACUGAAAUAGAAGAGUUUCUUUGUUUUUGAAGUGCUAUAUUCUUUCUAGGGCUUCAAAAAGAAGUCAGAGUUGCUUACAGGGUCGUUUUGCCUCUCAAGGAAUGCACACCUCUGUGCUGAAGCUAGCAGUAAUGAUAAUGUCUCUCCAAAUUCCAUUCAAGAAGGUGCUUCUGGUUCUUUAUUAUUUGCUUCAAACCAUUUUACAUUGUGUGCCAUGUAGGCUCAUGUAAAUAUUUCCUAUCAAACACAAACAGCAUAGAAAGCUUCUUUGUCCAAAUUAACGUUGUCUACCAGCAACGUUAUGUGCAACAGAUAACAGUGAGUGCUGUGACAUUCCAGAGCCAUUUGGAACGACCUGGUCAUUUAGUAUUAGUCUUUUGGUGACAUUUCAGUCGUUUAAACUACAUAUAUCUUUUGAAAAGAUGGAGCGAAAGGCGAAAGGAGACUAUCGACAGAAACAGAUCUCCAGACUCAGUCAACAAACCUGAGAGCUUCAUCUCAGCCUAAACUGCCUUUGACUGAGCGGAAUCUAAGAUUGUUUAUUGGAAUAGCUUUGUGGGGGCUCUUUCGGGCAUUUCAUUUUCUGAAGCAGCCAUGAGGCAGCUUGGUUGUUUUUGUUUUGUUUGUAUAUACAGUCUGUAUUAACCGAAAAAAUCUGCAUUUGCUUUUAUACUUUUAAGUAAUGCAGCGUUAAUUUUAUACUUAAGCAUAUUGCUGUCAAAAGAGGCAUUCCUUGUAUUGUAAUUUGGGGUAGCUUUGAAGGUCUUUAUACCUUUCAGUAUUAUACAUGUAUGGUGGAGUUCUGCACUGAAAAGUAAUGCCAGCUAAGGAUGAGUAUUAAGGAUACUUUUUUGUCCAAUCUCCACUUUUUAACAUUGUUACAUUACACCAUACUCCACAGUUUACGUUAACAUUAGGCCACUUAAUCACAGUUAAUUGUGUUAGACAGCCGUUCUGGUCACGCUGUUACUCUUCACAUCAAAACUGGAUUGAUAAGCAAGAAUAUACCACACGCUAGAUGUAAUAUAGCCCUGCCACCUUCAUAAUCCUUGUUACAUUGAAUGUAGAUUAAUAUAUGUAUAGUGGACAAUGCGUGUGCAGUUAAAUAUUUGCUCAUUUGACAAAAAGUGCAAUUUAUACUUCUCUUGUAUGUAAUGAUUUGUGAACCAUAUUCAGUAUACAAAUGCGCGUCAAUGUCAAUUACACACAUUUAUUGUAAGUUAUAAUAAUAUUUUAAUCACUUUUACAUUGGCACUGGUGAUUCCUCUGUUUUUAAUAAAGUAUGGUAUGGGCAUGAACGAGGCUCAGAGUUCAUACAUAUAGACUACAUAGUUUUGACAUUUGUUUUUCAGGCUUUCGUUAUCAAGCCAUCAUUAAUUAAAUAUUUUCUGAUAUGUAUUAAAGUGUGUCUCCAUUUAUUGUUUUUACACUUACUGAAACGAUCCUGUUUCGUCGAGCUGUUACUUAGGUCAUUUCAUUUCAAGUGCAUGAGAGCCAAAUGCAUCUUUUAAACUAAUUUUCUUUCAAUAAACUAUUUUCUGUACUUUCAUCAUUGGUGCUGUAUGAAGUUACAUUUUUUUGUUGUUAUUGUUUUGUUUAAAAGUGUCAGAAUGUUUUGAAAAUUCCACUUUUUCAUAAACUAUUACUUUUGAAUUGUCCAGGACUUUUUGCCUGAUCUUUAAUUCACUUUUUUAUUUGUUUCUUUAGGAAGUUAGUUAUCCUGUGUUACAGCAUUUCUUUGUUAAACUUAGGUCCUACAACUCCAAAGAGAAAGAAGUAGACUAAAAGCAGUUGUUUAAACCUGAAACAAACACACAUUUGCAAUGAAUUACAGUUUAUAGUGAUAUGUUGAUGGUGUUAUUGUAAACGAUGCAUAACACAGUGGUAUAGUAUGUUAUGGAUCUGAUAAUUUAGCAGAAUCAAGCUUUAUGGAUGUGUUCUUAUUCCAACAUCACUUUCCUCUUUCACUUUUUCUUUCUGACGAAAUGUGUUUUUGACAAAACACACUUCACAAUCUCUCUCUCUCUCUCUUUAUUUACAUGGGUUUUACUUUAUUUUAUAUGACUGAUUUUUUUUUUUAUUCCUUUCCUGGAAAACUGCUUUGCAUUGUUAUCAAGUGUGGCUCAAGACACUUCAUUUCAAACACGUUUUAUGUGACAGUAGUGUUGGAGCCAAAUAAAUUCAGCUGUUUUUCUCCAAA